GUUCCCUUUGAUCCUAACCUCAUGGAGUUUUGGAGGGUGCUGCAGUGCUCACACCGCCACCUUCAGCUGGGGGUGGCAUGACAUAAGGCGUUUGAGAUGCUCAGAUGAUGAACUGUCUGAUAGUACAACAUUCCCUGUGUGCUCAUUGGUAAGGAAAGCUGAGGAUGCCUUCACUGUGUUGUGUCAAGGAAUUGUCAGCAAAGACGUGCAUAUUUUUAAAGAAUAACAGGCACCUGUGAGCUUUGCGAAGGCAAGGGACGUUUUCUACCUCGUUCACCACUGUAACCCCAGCGUCCAGAAAGGGGCCUGGCACUUGGUGGCUGCUCAUUAAAUGUUUUUUGAAUGACUGAAUGAACUAACGUGAUAUCAGGACUGGCCAGGUGUCAGCUGACUCACACCUCUUUUGUGGUAAUACUUCCUGUCACCUGAGUUGUUGCAGUUUUUUGUUUUUUAAUAGUUUUAACAUGCUAAAAAUAAGUUAUUUCCUGGCCUCACUUUUUCAUCAGAUUCUGUUUAGGAGAUGAUCGCAGGAAAAUGGGAGAAAUAUUGAAGAAGCAUAAGGUUCCCUGUCAAGUUACAAUCAAUAUAUUAUCAAUCUGUUUGCUUUGAGAGAAGAUACAAAAUAUUUCGUAGGCUCUAAAAGAGUGCACCAAGAAACAAGUAAAAAAUAUAUUUAUGGAGAGAGUUCUUCUUGUGCAGGAAAAGCACUGAGGAAUAUUAUUAUUGUUCAGGCAGCUGACCUGAUAAAGGACAGAGUGAACCUCAAGGGAUUUUACAGGAGAAGCUGCGUUGGAUCAGAACUCGUAGACUGGCUUCUAGAACACUGCCCUUUUGUCCAAUGCAGAUCGAUGGCUGUAGGGGUCUGGCAGCUCCUACUGGAUAUGGGAAUUAUGUUGUCAGUGGACCGGCAUCUGCACUUUCAAGAUACCUAUGUUUUCUACCAGUUUUCAUCUGAUGAAUGUAGCUGCCUGUACUGUGAAUUUGAAAGAGAAGAAGAAUGGCAAAAUGGGGUCAAGCUUUUACUGCACCUUGUGCCUCUCAUUCCUGCUAGAUCUGGCAUAUGUGAACUGUCUCAUCAGAAAAUUGAAGAUGCUGAAGAAACCAGUGAUGAAAUUCUCGCUCGUCUAACAUCUGCGGUGCAGAGAGAGCUAGCAGCUGUUAUUGCUUUGAAAGCCAGGAAGUCUGCAAUUGAACAAGAUGAAGAAAACAGUGACAAACACAUAGCUGUGCCAGAAGCUGAAGGUGUUCCACAGUCUCAGGCAGGGGUGAUGUGCAAGCUUCAAGAAAGAGAUGAUAUCGGACGAAUUGAACUGGUCCAGAAGUUGGCAAGAGAAAACUGUCAGCUUUUGCAGACGGACAAAAAAGAGCUGGAGAAAUCUGAACACCAAGAUGAUGAAGUCACGACUGUUCAAGUUAAAGAGCAAGACCAAAACGUCCUGGUGUUGAAAAAAGUGCCCGGCGGUGGCCCAGCCCCCACGUCUGGGAGUACAGAGAACGAUUGGAGAUACGUGGUGGUGUCCGGGACGCCGGAGAAGAUUUUGGAGCAUCUUUUGAAUGACUUGCACCUGGAAGAAGUCCAGGACAAAGAAACAGAGACUCUCCUUGAUGACUUCCUCCUCACGUACACUGUCUUCAUGACAACCGAUGACUUGUGCCAGGCGCUGUUAAGGCACUAUUCUGCUAAGAAGUAUCAAGGCAAAGAAGAAAACUCAGAUGUUCCUUGUAGGAAACGUAAAGUCUUACAUCUUGUUUCCCAGUGGAUUGCUCUGUACAAAGACUGGUUACAUGAAGAUGAACAUUCAAAAAUGUUUUUAAAGACCAUAUACAGGAAUGUACUAGAUGAUGUAUAUGAAUAUCCAAUACUUGAAAAAGAAUUGAAAGAAUUUCAAAAGAUACUUGGAAUGCACCGUCGUCACACUGUAGAUGAAUAUUCGCCACAAAGGAAGAAUAAAGCCCUUUUCCACCAAUUCAGUCUUAAGGAGAAUUGGCUCCAGCACAGAGGAACUGUGACUGAAACAGAGGAAAUUUUUUGCCAUGUGUAUAUAACUGAGCACUCCUACGUCAGUGUAAAGGCAAAAGUUUCCACGACAGCCCAGGAGGUCCUGAAAAUUGUGGCAGAAAAGAUCCAGCAUGCGGAAGAGGACCUGGCUCUGGUGGCCGUCACGUUCUCUGGGGACAAGCAUGAACUUCAGCCAAAUGACUUCGCCAUCUCCAAAUCUCUUGAGGCAUCUAGUCGUAUAUAUGUCUACCGGAAAGACCUGGCUGACACCUUGAACCCAUUCGCAGAAAGUGAGGAGUCACAGCAAAGGUCGAUGAGGAUUUUGGGAAUGAACACUUGGGAUCUUGCCCUGGAAUUAAUGAAUUUUGAUUGGAGUCUGUUUAAUUCAAUUCACGAGCAAGAGCUGAUCUACUUCACAUUUAGCAGACAAGGAAGUGGAGAGCACACUGUGAACCUCAGCCUGCUGCUCCAGAGAUGCAAUGAAGUCCAGCUCUGGGUGGCCACUGAGAUUCUGCUCUGCAGCCAGCUGGGCAAACGGGUGCAGCUGGUGAAAAAAUUCAUCAAAAUCGCUGCUCACUGCAAAGCCCAGAGAAACCUGAAUUCUUUCUUUGCUAUUGUGAUGGGUCUCAACACUGCUUCUGUCAGCCGACUGUCACAGACCUGGGAGAAAAUUCCUGGGAAGUUUAAGAAACUUUUCUCUGAACUUGAAAGCUUAACGGAUCCUUCCCUGAAUCACAAAGCCUACAGAGAUGCAUUCAAAAAGAUGAAGCCACCAAAAAUUCCUUUCAUGCCCUUAUUGCUUAAAGAUGUAACAUUUAUUCAUGAAGGAAAUAAAACAUUUUUGGAUAAUCUCGUCAAUUUUGAAAAGCUGCAUAUGAUCGCAGAUACUGUCCGAACCCUGAGACACUGCAGGACUAACCAGUUUGGAGGUGAUGUGUCUCCAAAAGAGCAUCAAGAGCUAAAAUCCUACGUUAAUCAUCUGUAUGUCAUUGACAGCCAGCAGGCCCUGUUUGAGCUCUCACACAGGAUCGAACCUCGGGCAUGAGCCUCACCGCCUCACCUCCCCUGUAACUGCAGCACUUUGAGCUACGGGAAUGCCUCUGCCAAGCACGUUGCUUUCCUGUGAGAAGAGAAGUUGCUGAGUUUUAUCAGCAUAUCACAAGACUGACACAGGAAGCCAACUCAGGCGUGUUCAGGAGGUGACGUCAGCCAGCAGAGAUGGGAGAGGCCUCUCCACACUACCCUAGCAGCGAGAAGGCAGAAAGAAUUAGCAGCAUUCUUGAGAUGGAGACAUCUGGCUUCUUGUGAUAACAUUGUUGAUCCAAUCCAGUUUUCAGUUUGUAAGAUGUACCCGUGCCAAGACAACAUGUCUUGUCACACAAUGACCAAACAUUUCAGUAAGAACAUGCUUGGAGCAGGGAGGAGCGUUACUUUGCCUGGCAGUAGGUUACUGUGUAUAGGCUGUCAAAGAAAUAGUCCUCUGGAACACCUCAAGACAGUGAUGGCAUCUCUGGAUUCCCAGGGAGAAACGAGGUCUCCGUUGUUACAAACAGUGACAUCACCAAAAGCCACUGUGUCUAGGGAGUUAGUGUGGACCAGCAGCUGGCAUCCAUGUUGACUUCCAGAUGAGAUAUGUCAAGGCAUGCAUUUCUCUGCAUCCACAAUCACUUAUCGAUGUAUGCUUGCAAGUAAAAUUAGUUUCUGCACAACUGAUCUGCAACUAUAGGCAAGUUAGACUAAGUUGCUUUGCCAAUAAGGAAAACUAGUGAUCAUUAAGAAAUUGACUCAUAUUGUUUAAUUUCUGGGAGUUUUCUUCACAUUUGUAAGCAGACUCUGAUCUCGUAUUGGGUACAAUAUAAUUUUGGAAAAAGCACAGCACCUGACACAUAGUAAGCACUCGGUAAAUGUCUUUUGAGGUAACAGAGUCACAAAGGUCUGCAUUCCUAUGCCUGAUGAUGUUUUGCAUACCUCAGGCAGGUCCCUGGCCCACUGUAUGGAAUGAUAACAGGCAGGUUAAGAGAGACCUAAUGUGCGAAGCACUUAGCACUCCCUAGAAAAGAGCAAGGCAACAUAAUGGUGACUACCAGCCCUUCCGCAAAUGAAAGGAGCCCCGGACCAUUCAAAUGUCAGAUUUACGUUGGAGACUCAGAAGUACCGUAGUCCACCUCCAACCAAAUUAGGAAACCUCCCUGUAAUUCAUCUUGUUUUUGUUCAAGGUCUCAAGGUUGUCUUUUUUUAUUCCCUUUUUAGUAGGUUGGGGCUCCAAUAAUAAAUAAGACCACUUUCUAUUCUCUAAUACUGGUUAGAGGAUCUUCCUCAGCCUUCAAAUGAUCAAAAAGUCCUGUGGGAUAAAACAGUGAAGUAUACACCUGCCAGCUUAUACUUGUCACUUUGCUGAAAUACAAGGGCCCUGCUUCUUGCACUAGGCCUGCUCGUUUCCCACACGUGUGGAUCUUGGUGAGCUGCUCACCGCUCGUGCCUCUUCAUCUCCUCGACACCCACGCAGAACCGUUUCCUUUUUGUCUCAUCACCGCCUCAUUCAUCCUGAUGACUGAGGUGUGCCCAGUGCAUCCUAACACCUUUAUAGUAGUGCUGUUACUGGGGCUCAGGAACCACACCAAGCUUGAGAUAUUGUCAGAGAACCCAUGAGGAGGCAAUUUUGGGUAGGACUUUAAAAGACAUGCAAACUGACCCAAUAUGUAAAACUUCAGUCCUGAAAAUUUAUAGGGUUUUAUGGAAAAGCAGGGCUGGUUCAGUCCGCAGUAACAGAAUGAGACCCAUUGGAGGAGAAUAGAGUCAUCAGAACCACAGAAAACAAACUCCCCUCGAGGUGAUCUAACUCAAAAAGCUCUCUCUUUGGUGAUUACCCAGGAUAGCACGCUCUUACAGUACAGGUAGGUGCUCUUUCUUUGUGCUAGAAAGUAGGGUUUGGCCAGUGUAGUCAUAUAAGGCCAUGUCAACAUUGUCUCUCUGUUAUACAGUUUAAAUUAUUUUUCAAAUUAGAUCUGCAUUGCUCCAACCAGAACAUUUCCUCUAGAGAACUCAUUUUCAGUGGAGAAGCAUUUCAGCACAGUGCCUGCUACAGAGGUCCCAGUUCAAAUACAUACCCUUGGCCAAGUGAAGCCACACACACAUUGCAUUUAAACACAUUUUAUAUGGUGUAUUCAGGGUACUCUGCAUGCGUAGGUGUGAACAGGCUGGGGAGAAGAUGGUGCCUGUCUACCUCCUUCAGCCAUGGACAGCAAAGGAAAGGGGGCAUUAUCUUUAGAUUUGCUUUUUUCUCUCCGUCUUCUGGAUGUCAGAAUCCUCAAAUCUUUCUGAAAUGUAACUGCCUCCAGAGAUUUCCCAGGCAGGGCCCCUCAGAAGCUUUGAGAAAACUUAAACCUGGAAUUAAAGAAUUCAAAGCAAAAUUGUGGGAGAUCAGAUCGAGUUCAACAUGAAGCUCUUUCUAACAAAUUGGAGCUGCUGUACAGUGAGCAUCUACCAUAGAACUCAGAGGGCUCCCAACUAUUGGAGAUUGGGCCUAUUCCCUCUGCAGAUAUUUGCCAAGACCUCUUUAGGACAGGUUCUUGCUAUGGCCAGAAGGGUGGGCUUAAAAUGUCUAAGCUUAUUGUUAGACAUAAAGAACACAGAAAAUCUCCCUUAACUCUGAAAGUCUUGUGUGGUCUGCCCACUUCAGUGAAUGAAGCACAGGCACUUCUAAGUGGGUUCUUUUUGUCACAGCACAACUUGGACAGACCUGCUGGUCUCUGGGUUCAUCAACAUUCCAGCCAAACAGCCCUGCUUAGACGUUAGCACAGGACGACAAAACUUAGGUUCCCGUAGACAGAAUAGCAACCUUCUCAGAUUUUUUUUUACUUGCAUGUUUGCAGAUGAUCCAAAGACUACAGUGUUUUAAACUCACUCUUUGUUAUAAUCUGUAUAAUUGCCAAAUAGUUGUAGUGAUAAAUAUGACCUGGAUUCACUUUAUUCUGAUAUCAUUAAUUAUGUUUAGAUUAACUCCCUUUUCCGAGCCCCUAUCCACAAUUAAGUAGGGUGGAGCAUACUUUGACUCUGGAAGCAUAAGGGUAAAGUAAAAACCACACCCCUGGUUUAGUGGGGAGAAGAUGUUGCACUAAUAUGGAUGCACCUCUGAAGGUGGGGAGAGGGUUGUAUGCGGAGAGAGUGAGGGUGACUUUUUCUGAUCCCUGGAGCCAGGCUUUUCCUAUUGCCCUGAUCCUCAGCUCCACAGUUACAGCCACCACGCACACUACGCAUCUCAAUUCAAGUGUUCCUAAAUGGUGCAACCAAUCCAAACUUCUCAGAAACCAGGCAAAAUGUUUAAAAUUGGGGCGAUCAGUUCUACUCUAGUUGUCCAACAUGCAGUUGCUUUGGAAUGCUUCAAAAACAUGUCCUUAAAAUUUCAGCCUGCUAUUAGUGAGUGGGCCAGUUGUUCUUAAAACUGGUAAGGGGGGAAGAGUUUUUUAAAAAAUUGCCAAAAAGUUAGAUGAAAAUGUAUUACUGUAUAAAGCAAAGCUGUAUAUACUAAACAUUUUUUAGCAGAGUAAUAUUUAUUUGCAUAGCCUAUUUAUUGUAUUCAUAUUACGCUGUUAUUAAAUACUGGGAUGAAAUCAAUGACCUGAAGCAAGGAACCUUGCCUUUUAAAUGUAUCAUUAAUUAGGACUGCUGUGACAUUGCCAGCUUGCAUUUACAAUUAGAAGAUAGAAAGCCCGAAAUCAGGGUGUCUACCUAACUUCUCAGGGACUACACUUAGUAGUUUUCCAUCAUUAGAAGAGCUGGUAAAUAUGAAACACUUGUCGAAUUACCAGAAUUGCCAUUAACAGUGUUUUCCUUCUCAUAUUUCACGCUUCCUGCCUCUGUAUAUAUGACUGUGUUGUGUAUUUAUCGAAGCUAGUAAGCAAUAAUUUAUAUGUAAAAAUGGCCAAGCAAUAUAAGGUUAAAACUUAUAUAAGUAACUGUUAUCUUGUAUUUUCAAGUGUUUUUUUAAACUGCUUUUCCAAAUAUAUGUUAAAGAUACUAUUAAUGUCUCCUAACGACUUGCUUUUUCCAUAUGUGUGUUAAAUCGUCUUUGUUCCAGUUGACUGGAACUCAGGAGUCAUUUGCUCACUGAAGGAGCUGCAUGUAGGUGGAGAGGUUCACAGGUAGCCCACAGAAGCCUAAGUAACUUAUGAUGCCACUGAAUUGUUGCACAUAGUAUAUUGGAAGUCAUAUUAAGAAAUCUCAUAUUCUGGGAUUUCGGUAAUAUAACAACCACCGUGAUAGCUUAACCUCACUCUAAUAGGACCAGGAAUUCUCCCUUUCCAACAAGCCCAGACACUGAAAGAAGCUUCAAGCCCCUGACAGUCAUGUCCUUGCCUAGAAUAGAGCCCCCAGCAUAGGAAGAGUGACAGGUGGAAUGGAGGGGGCUUAGGGAUAGAUAAUAACAAUGCUCUGGAGAGGCAGGAAGACUAGCCGUGUAUACAUCUCGGGUGAAGAAUUCUGUGGUGGAUUGUAUUACCGUUUAAUGUAAUUCUCUGCCCUCUGCAGGAGAAGUAUGUAUAUCUCACCAUGGUAAACUCAUGCUUUGUCCAACAAAAAAUGGGGAGAUGUGGCCUGUGCCACUUCUUGUAGUUUAAGUUUCUUGGAUGUAUAGAUUAUGUAUAGAUAAAUGUUUUUCCUCAAGUUUGGGUAGUUUUCAGUUAUUGUAUCUUCAAGUUCUCUUUUGGCCUGCUUCUUUUUUCUUUCUGAGACUUCUGUUAAUGCAUGUGUGUCCCACAGGUCUCUGAGGCUGUGUUCUUUUUUUUUUUUUCUUUCUGUUCCUCA